AUGCAAUACCAACGAAACUCGUCGCUAAGGCGGUUCGUGGAGUCCGACCAGUUCACGCUCUUCCGGUGCUUGUCCUAUCUCGAGCGAUACGCGGGCGACAUUGGUAUUCACUUCUAUCUGUGUCAGAAGCUGCUGUCGUUUCCGCGAGACGAAAUCGAGUUCAUCCUGCCCCAGCUGGUCCAGCUUCUCAUCACGGUGGAAACCGAGUCCAUGGCCCUCGAAGACAUCAUUCUGGAUCUCUCCAACGUGUCUGCGCACUGUGCCUUGCUGACGUUCUGGCAACUGCAGGCACAUCUGACCGAUCUGGGAGAUGAUCCCGAAUCUUUCGGCUUCCAGGUGUCGCGACGAGUCUACAACAAGCUGCAGUACAUUCUGUUCAACAUUGGCGAGCCGCCCAACUCGCGAAUCAGAGAGAACCCCAUGCCUGCCAUGGUUCUGGCCUCGGCAAUCAUGGGAGCCAUUGGCAUGCCGCAGAUGGCCGCAGCUGUGGGACCCAUUGCGCUUUCACAGGGCCGAAAACAGAGGUCGUACGUGUUCCAGAUUGCACCCAAACUGACCCGUUCUAGAUCGACCGUGGAGGCUGACAGAGACGCCCUUCUACAGCGAAAAUGGCGGACCAUCAGCCAAUCUGGUGUCGCACUGCCGUCCAAACGGGAGAAGCACCAGCAUGAGCAUUUCAGAGACGCCCCCAAAGCAACGCCCUACAAAAACUCGUCCUUUUCGGCUCCCGAUCUCCAAAACGCAUACCAUUCGGCCCCCGAUCUACGCCCUUCAAACGAGUGGGACGGCACUCGAACGCCGGUGAGUCUGGAGUUUGACGAUGCACCCGGCUUCGAAUCCGAGGAGCCACGUGACACCUCUCCGGACGACAUCGAGGAGCGAGCCAAGGACGACCAACGAAAGAUUCUGCGAUCAAACUACUUCCGAUGUGAGACACAGUUCAUGUCAGCCCUGCAACAAAUCUCCGCUCGACUUCUUCAGGUGCCUAAGCAAGCCCGUCAUGCUGCUCUGAAGGCCGAGCUCACUCUUCUGAACCAGGAGCUUCCUGCUGAGGUCGACAUUCCCCUUUUGGUUCCCUCGGACACAAUGAGAAAGAACCCCACACACCACAGAAUCGUGCGAGUGCCUCCCGCCGAGUCAGCUGUACUGAAUUCGGCUGAGCGAGUGCCUUUCCUCAUUCUGAUUGAGUACCUGGAAGACGACAUGACGUUCGACCCCGAGUGUGCAAAGAACAAGGAGGUUCUGGAGCAUGCAGACAAGAAGAAGUACAUUUUCGAUCUCACUGUGAACCACAAAAAAUCGUCUCAUGCUCGAACCCCUUCUCUUGGACGAUACCACGACGAGGAUGCUGCCAGUAUCAAGAGCAACCGAUCGGCCACGUCGAUCGCCAACUCUCUGGUUGGUUCAACCAUUGCUGAAUUGGAGGAGCUUGGCAUUGCUGAAGACGACGAGCUGCCAGCUGAAGAUGCUGACAUUGGAGACAUUUCUGUUAUCUCCAUGGACGAGGAGACUCAGGCCGAGCGCGUGAAACAAUCCGUGCUCAACACCCUGUCCCAUCUCCAAGAGAGCAUGCCCUCUCCCAAACUGCAUGAUGUGGCCAACAGUCCGUAUCAAUCUUCUCCUCGAACAUCAGAUUUGUCGUUUGCGUCUUCGUACAAGUUCGAGAAGGCGCCUGAGGACCCCGUCAAUCACUUGGAGCUGCCCGACGUGGCGUCUGUGGCCACCCAGAUGCGUACAGCUGCCAUCAUGCUGACACAGCUGGACUCCUCCACAGGAUCUAAGCUUUCCAAGGACGAAAUCGCAUCGAUCAAGGCCCGAAUCAUCGAUAACAUGCAGGUUAUGGAAGAGACGACUCUGGACGACCGUGACUUGUCGCUCUCCAAGGGCGCUGCGGGUGAGCGAAAGUUGGAAAACGAUCUGAAAACUGGUGGUAUGAUGAAGUCGUCGGACCCCUCGCAUGCCAAGCUCGGAGAAGACUGGGAAUCGAAAAAGGCACGAAUCAGGUCAAAGUCGCCGUAUGGGCACUUGCCCAACUGGCAGCUGGCUUCGGUCAUUGCCAAGACCGGAAACGAUCUUCGGCAAGAGGCAUUUGCCUGCCAGCUAAUCCAAGCUAUGAAACGAAUCUGGGACGACGCUGAGACAGGCGUGUGGGUCAAGGAGAUGAAGAUUCUGAUCACGUCUGACACCUCUGGACUCAUUGAGACCAUCAACAAUGGUCUGUCGAUCCAUUCUAUCAAAAAGGCGCUCGAGACAAGCAAUGUUGUCCAGACUACAGCUGCCACUCAGACCACAACCAAGUACGUGCCUACUCUGACUGAGUACUGGAAGCAGACGUUUGGCGACGAGGACUCCGACCGGUACCAGAACUCUUUGAACGCCUUUGUUCGUUCGCUUGCCGCUUACUCCAUCAUCUGUUACAUUCUCCAGAUCAAGGACAGACACAAUGGUAACAUUUUGCUUGAUACGGACGGUCAUAUUAUGCAUAUCGAUUUCGGAUUCAUGUUGUCCAACAGUCCUGGAGGAGUCGGUCUUGAAGCUGCCCCAUUCAAGCUCACCUACGAGUACGUGGAGCUCAUGGGGGGUAUGACCUCGCCCCAUUUUGAGCUGUACCGACAGCUGAUGAAGGACGCGUUCAAGAACCUGCGAAAGCAGGCCGAGUCGAUCAUCUUGCUGGUCGACAUGAUGUUACAGGAUUCUGCUCUGCCCUGUUUCCAACUGGGCCCGGCCACCACACAGUACCUGCGACAGCGAUUCCAGCUACAAUUGUCGGAUUCGGACUUGGACCAUUUCGUGGACACGUCCCUGAUCCAAAAGUCGGUCGGCAACAUUUACACCAGAAUCUACGACCACUUCCAGUUGUACACUCAGGGUAUUUACAGUUAA